AUGUGGGACGUCAAUUUUCUGUGGAUGAAGGAGCCGGAUCCAGCCCUGGGAAUAUCACAAGCAGAGAGGAAGCCAGGGGACUCCAUUACGGCUCUGGCUCAUGACCUGAACUACCCAGCGCUGCGGAAGAACAAGAACAUCGAGGCUUUUCUCAACAGAUACGACAAAGCAGUGAGCCAGCUGCGGGAGCUCCAUGUGAAGCUGGAGGACUUUGAGAAGAUCAAGCUGAUCGGCAGAGGAGCUUAUGGGGAGGUGCAGCUGGUUCGUCACAAGGCGUCUCAGAAAGUCUACGCCAUGAAGCAGCUCAGCAAGUUUGAGAUGAUCAAGCGCUCGGACUCUGCGUUCUUCUGGGAGGAGAGACACAUCAUGGCCUUUUCCAACAGCCCCUGGAUCGUUCAGCUGUGCUGUGCUUUCCAAGACGAGCGGCACCUCUACAUGGUGAUGGAGUUCAUGCCGGGGGGAGAUGUGGUCACCCUCACCAUGAACUACGACGUCCCGGAGAGCUGGGCGCGCUUCUACACCGCAGAGCUGGUGUUGGCCCUGGACGCCAUCCACUCCAUGGGCUUCAUCCACCGAGACGUGAAGCCCGACAACAUGCUCCUGGACCAGCGCGGUCACCUCAAACUGGCCGACUUUGGCACCUGCAUGAAGAUGGACCAGUCGGGGUUGGUGCACUGCGACACGGCGGUGGGCACUCCGGACUACAUCUCCCCAGAGGUGCUGCAGUCCCAGGGCGGAGACGGCCUUUACGGGAGGGAGUGUGACUGGUGGGCUGUGGGGGUCUUCAUCUAUGAGCUGCUGGUCGGUGAGACGCCCUUCUACGCCGAGUCUCUGGUGGGAACUUAUGGCAAAAUCAUGAACCACAACAACUCCCUGGUUUUCCCUGAGAACGUGGAGAUGUCUGCGGAGGCCAAGCAGCUCAUCUGUGCCUUCCUCACAGACAGGGAAGUGCGUCUGGGAAGGACCGGAGUGGACGAAGUAAAAAAGCAUCCGUUCUUCAAGGACGAGCAGUGGACUUUUGACAACAUCCGAGACACUGUGGCCCCCGUGGUGCCCGAGCUCAAUAGUGACGUGGAUACCAGUAACUUUGACGACUUUGAGGAAGAGCGAGGGGACGUGGAGACCUUCCCUCAGCCCAAAGCCUUCUCCGGGAACCAGCUGCCAUUCGUGGGCUUCACAUUCUUCAAAGAGGACCGGCUCCUAAACCGAGAGAAGGCCUGUGAGGAGGAGACGGAGAAGGAGAAGGAGAAGGAGGAGGAGGAGGAGGAGGAGGAGGUCAAACAGAGCUGUAAAGACUACGCUGAAGAGGAGGAGAAGGACAGUUCUGAGAUCCAGAAGAAGGUCUGUCUUCUGGAGGAGAAGUUGGACCAUGAGAUGCAGGCCAAGGAUGAGCUGGAGCAGAAGUGCAAGAACACCACCAUCCAUUUAGACAAACUGGUUAAAGAACUGGACAAAGAGAUGAGUGGGCGACAGAGGAUGGAAGCAUCACUCCGGCAGCUGGAGCGGGAGAGGGCGCUACUGCAGCACCAGAGCACGGAGCAGCUGAGGAAGGCCGAGCUGGAGACAGACCGCAAACAAGUGCUGGAGAACGAACUGAAUAACUUGAGGGACCAGCUGGAGGAAGUGCGGAGGAGGAACCAGAGCUCACAGAUCUCCAGCGAGAAGAACCAGCAGCUGCACAAACAGCUGGAGGAGACGUCUGCGCAGCUGCAGCACGAGCGCAAGGCCACAUCCCGGUUGCGGAAAGCCCAGGCUGAAGCUCUGAAGCAUGAACAGGCCCUGGAGCUGGGCCUGAAGGAGCAGGAGCAGCGCUGUGUCUUAACAACUGACACGCCUUUUAACCACUGGCAUCUGGGUCCGGCGACUCUCGGGGUCCGGCCUCUCUGGGGUCCGGCCUUACGGGGUCCGGCCUCUCCGGGCGUCCGGGGCCUCUCCGGGGGGUCCGGGCCUCUACGGGGUCCGGCCUCUAAGGGGCUCCGGCCUCUGGGGUCCGGCCUCACGGGGUCGGCCUCUACGGGGUCGGCCUCCUACGGGGUCCGGCCUCUCCGGGGAUCCGGCCUCUACGGGGACCGGCCUUACGGGACGGCCUCUCCGGGGACCGGCCCUCUCACGGGGACCGGCCUCUCGGGGGACCGGCCUCUCGGGGUCGGCCUCUCGGGGACCGGCCUCUCGGGGACCGCGCUCCCAGCGCAGAUGCUCUGGAUGUCCCUCAUGACGUCCAUUCGCCUCCUUUGUCUUCUUCUCUGGCUCCCCCUGGCCUGGUCUUGUCCCAACCAUUGCCGAUGCUUCUCCCGCCGAGCCGAGGUGGUCUGUGACUCUGCCCCCUUUGAGUCCUUCCCGUCAGAUUCCCUGCCCAGUAACGCCAGCUAUCUGACCAUCCAGUUCACCAACAUUUCAACACUUACGGAGUCCCACCUCAAUGGUACGCCACAUCUCCGGGAGCUUCACCUUUUCAGCAAUAAAAUCAGAGUCCUGGCGCCCCAUCUCCUCCGCGGACUUCCCAAACUCCGCUGUAUCGACCUCACCGACAACAAACUCACACAUUUACCCGCUGACGUCUUCAGCCACGCACCUCUUGAAUGCUUGAAUCUGACGCGUCUUCAGCAUGUGAACUUGGAGGAAAACCAGUUGCGAAGCGUGGCCCCAGGUCUGUUGGAUUCACUGGUUUCUCUGGACGAAGAUGGAUUAGACCUCACAGGGAAUCCAUGGUCCUGUGACGGAAAGAUUGAGUAUCUGUGGUCGUGGAUUAACAAAAACAAGAGCAAAGUCUUUUUGCCUGAGAUGGUCACGUGUGCCACGCCGCCAACGCUCGCCGGACGGUCUCUGGUGUCGCUGACAAAGAGUGAAAUCCAAAUGACGUCAUAG